AGUUUUCUUUUGUCAAACUUUUGACUGGUUGCAUGUUUAAAUGUUCCUUCAGGCAGACUUGUUUUGUGUAUUUCCUCAAACUGCGAUAUGUUGGUGUAGUUACUUUGAGUGUUUCCUCUUUCAAACAACUGUGGACUGUAGCUCAUUUAUUUUAACAAUUUCAUAAAGAAGAGGACAUUGCAUCAAGAAUAAACUUAUAAUUCACUAAGGCAGCCAAUGGAUCAAGUCCCAGGCAAGAAACUCCAGGUAGAUACCUCUGCCCUGGACGUAACCUACUGCCAGCCCUGCUCCCAAGAUGGGGAAACUAUCCCAGCCGAGGCCUACUGCACUGUCUGCAAGGAGUUUAUGUGUUCCAACUGCACAAGUGUCCACAAGAAACAAAGGAUAACAAAGUCCCAUUCCCUUCUUGACAAAAGUAGCAUGCCUACUACCAUGUGUGGUUUUACAACCAAAGACGAGAGCACAAAACCUUGUGAAAUUCACCCUGAAGAAUGUAUUAAAUACUUUUGUCCGACUCAUCAGACACUUAACUGUGGACAUUGUUCAGUUCUUGAUCAUCAAUCUUGUAAACAGCAGAUUAUUUCUGAAAUUGCUAAAGCUUUCAGAGAGGGCCAGGGCUAUAAAGCCAUCAAACAGGUUAUUGUCCAAUUACUGAAAGACAUUGAUGCCUGUGCAUCUGUUGUUGAAGAAAACACUAAGCUCGUAGAAUACCUAGGAGAACAUGAGAUUGCUAAGAUAAGGACUUAUCGAGAUCAGAUCAACAGAUACUUUGAUGAACGUGAACAGGCACUCAUUAAAACCAUUGCCGAGAUGAAAACCAUGGAUGAAAUACUCCUAAACUCACUGAAACCAAAAUGUGUAAACCUUAAGACCCAGGUCGGUGAAAUUAAAGCAAAAUUAGCAGCCCAAGAGAACAACACUAGCCAGUUGUUUAUUGAGGCCCAUAUAUCCAAGAACUUGCUGGAGGGACUGCAAUCAAGUCUUGCUGAGAUUAAGGAGAAGAAUACGAUACAACAGUAUCAGAUUAGGAACGACCCCGCCACUGAAAGCUUGCUGGGUUCCAGGACUGGUCUUGGCACUUUGGAAAAGAUUGAUACUUCAGAAAGUCUAGACCAGAGAUGUGAGCAUUCGAAAAGGUCCACGACACAAAAUGAAGGCGAGAAGAAUACUACAACAUCUGAUCCUACUUCCAACGUUCAAGCAGUAAGGGACCAGAGUACCACUACAUCUGAUACUACUACCAACAUACAAGACAUUGGCGACAUCAAGGCUACCCAAUCAACCAAGACGUUCACGGCAAAUACAGUACCAGAACCACCUUUAAAUCCUAGUGGAUCGCAAACAUCUGCAAAACCAAAGCAAAAAACACAAAACAAAUGCAGCAAAGACAUGAUGAGUCUAACGUUCACAUCAACCCAAGACAUCCUAGUCAAGUCUCCAUCUGACACUAAGAUCUGCUUGCUGAAAGACGUUCUCCUCUUGUCUGACGACAGGCUGUUACUGAGUGACAGUUCAAAUGGAACAAUGAAAAUUGUAGACCUCAAGACAAGCAGUCUAACGUCCGAGGUCAAUGUACCAGGCGUGCCAUGGGGCAUGUGUCACAUCCCUGAGGACAUGGUGGCUUUAAGUGUUACUCAUAGUAUUCAGUUCUUGGAGACACGGGGGAAACUAAUCCUAAGGAAGAACAUCAAGGUGGAUAAUGGUUGUUUAGGUGUUGGUUACCAUAACGGUAGCUUAAUUAUUUCAUUCCAGAGCGGGGAGGUUCAAGAGAUUGAUAUGGAAGGGAAAGUGUUGAAAGUGUUGAAAGUAUCAAAUAGUUGGUUUUUUAGCAAAUCGUUUCAAGACCCUCGAUACUUGAAAAUAGUCGGUGACAAUCAGACAGCUUUCAUUUACGUGUCCGACUUUGAAAAGGACACAAUCACUAAGCUGGACAUGAACUUGAACAUUCUCGAAACAUACACGGACCCUGCACUAAGUGGACCAUCCGGCAUUACUGCAGUGAGAAACCAGCUGAUUAUCUGUGGUUGGUAUAGUGACAAUAUAAUGUGCCUGGACCUGCCCAGUGGCAAGAUGACCCAGCUACUGGGGAAGGAGGAAGGGAUAGCGGCGCCAGGCUCUGUCUGCUACAGUCAGCAGCACAACAAGAUGUAUGUUGCCCUCUGGACAAGUGGGGAUGCCGACAAUUAUGUUAAGGUGUAUAAUACAACACCAAAAUUGAAGUAGACAUAUUUUCUUCGAAUUAGCAACGGGGUCAAGUUAACAACUAUGCACUUACAUUUCAACAGAACUACAGAAUGUUUGUUCCUUUAUAUGCAUAUGUAUGUUUCUUGUGAUUGUUGUGAACAUUAUAAUAGUAUAUUGUUAAGAGAUAUUAUCACUACUUUUACUACUAUUAUUAUUAUCUAUUAUUAAACCUAUUAUUAUUAUUAUUAUUAUUAUUAUUAUUAUUAUUAUUAUUAUUAUUAUUAUUAUUAUUAUAGGAAAAAAUAUU